AAUUAAGUCAAUAGUCAAAUGCCCACUUUUUUGGUCUAGCACGGGGGGGGUCUGACUUUGUAAUGUUUUUGUUUUGCUAACAUUAGUGAAAAUACUCAGUGCUAGCUAUACUGUUAUGUAGUGUGUCAUAGACUAAGUUAGGAAAGUUAAAGUCACUUCAGGAGGGAUUUGUGGAGGAGUGUUCUGCACCUGCCUCACCGGCCUCAAACAUGAACUAACGUUACAGGCCGGCUGCUGGAGUUUCUUGUCCUGCUGUUGGCUAAUAUAACUCGGGAACAGUGGACCUGAAUCUUCCCAAAGGAUAUAUUCCCAAUUCUUCACUUGACAAAGGUGGUAUAACGGGAGGAAAAGGUGGACAAAGACUUGCGCCUCUCUACCUCACAGAAUGUCCACAGCCACUUCAGAACUCCAGAGAAACUGAACCACAUGUUCCAACCAUACAUCAAUAUUUUCUACACCAUUUCGUGGCAUCACGCCUUCAUCAACAAGAUAUCUUUGUCUUAAACUGAAGCCCUGCCCUUUUUAAGUCUCCUCUGACAUGGCAUACACAACAAUGGUGAGGUCUUCCUCUGGCUCUCACUGAGAGGCGUCUCCAGAAGGCAGGACGCCAGCGACCUCUCCGGACCGAUACAAAGUAACGGCACGGCCGGGAAGAUGAACGGGGCGCUGGAGCAUUCGGACCAGCCAGACCCGGAUGCCAUCAAGAUGUUUGUGGGCCAGAUCCCGCGCUCCUGGUCAGAGAAGGAGCUGAAGGAGCUGUUUGAGCCGUAUGGAGCUGUCUACCAGAUCAACAUACUCCGAGACCGCAGCCAGAACCCUCCACAGAGCAAAGGCUGCUGUUUUGUCACGUUUUACACAAGGAAAGCUGCCCUUGAAGCCCAGAAUGCACUGCAUAACAUAAAGACCUUAACAGGGAUGCACCACCCCAUUCAGAUGAAACCUGCAGACAGUGAGAAAUCUAAUGCGGUGGAAGACAGGAAGUUGUUCAUCGGCAUGGUGUCGAAGAAGUGCAACGAGAACGACAUCCGGGUCAUGUUCUCUGCGUUCGGACAGAUUGAGGAGUGCCGGAUCCUCAGGGGGCCCGACGGACUCAGCAGAGGAUGUGCGUUUGUCACGUUUUCCACCAGAGCUAUGGCACAGAAUGCAAUCAAAGCCAUGCACCAGUCUCAGACUAUGGAGGGCUGCUCGUCUCCCAUAGUGGUGAAGUUCGCCGACACGCAGAAGGACAAGGAGCAGCGGCGUCUGCAGCAGCAGCUGGCGCAGCAGAUGCAGCAGCUCAACAGUGCGACCACCUGGGGGAGCCUGACGGGCCUGGGCGGCCUCACCCCGCAGUAUCUGGCUGUAAGGAGAGCCGCCGCGUCGCCCACCUCCACCAUCACCUCCUCCACCCCUUACUGCAGCCCCAUGGCCAACGCUGCUGCAUUGCUUCAGCAGGCAACCUCCUCCGGUAACCUAGGAGCCUUCAGCGGGAUCCAGCAGAUGGCCGCUGCGGGCACAACAGCCAGCUCCAACGCCGGCGCCAUGAACUCUCUGACCUCUCUGGGCACCCUGCAGGGCCUGGCAGGCGCAACUGUGGGCCUGAACAACAUUAAUGCACUAGCAGGUAGCAUCAACAGUAUGGCGGCUCUAAAUGGAGGCCUGGGCGGCGCAGGGCUUACCAACGGGACGGCAGGCACCAUGGACGCGCUGACGCAGGCUUACUCAGGGAUCCAGCAGUAUGCCGCCGCAGCGCUGCCCACCCUCUACAGCCAGUCCCUGCUUCAGCAGCAAGGGGCUGCUGGCAGCCAGAAAGAGGGUCCCGAAGGUGCCAACCUGUUCAUCUACCACCUGCCCCAGGAGUUUGGAGACCAGGACAUACUCCAGAUGUUCAUGCCUUUCGGAAACGUGGUCUCUGCCAAAGUCUUCAUCGACAAACAGACGAACCUUAGCAAGUGCUUCGGCUUCGUCAGCUACGACAAUCCAGUGUCGGCACAGGCAGCCAUCCAGGCCAUGAACGGCUUCCAGAUUGGCAUGAAGCGGCUGAAGGUGCAGCUGAAGCGCUCCAAGAACGACAGCAAACCGUACUGAUCUUAGCACUAGGGUCUAUCUGCUCCCCAUGUUAGCACUGCUAGGAACAACCCAUCUCCAUGCCUGUUAGCUCAUCGUUUGCCUAGCAUGUCUCCGUGGCGUCCCAAAAAAAAAAACUUUAAACAAAA